CGCUUCUUCUCGUCGUUCCACUUCGAAUCUUCGAUCCCCUUCCCUUCGCUUCUUAGGUCUCUCUCGUGCUCGUUCGGUCGCUCCGUGCGUCCGUGCGUGCGUUCCCCCGACCGAAAGCAAAAUCGAAUGAUUCGUGCUUCGCGUGGAAUUCGCAGCGAUGGCGAAGAAGAAGGAGGAGCCGGAGACGUCGAGGCCGAUUGACAACAUCGCCAAGUACUCCCAGCAGCAGCGGCGAGGCCCGCCGCCCAAGCGCCGCUCCGAUUUCUCUUUCUUCUCUACCUCCUCCUCCUCCUCCUCCUCCGCCGCCGCCGCCGCUUCCUCUCCUCCUUCUUCCAUGUCCACUUCAGAUUACUCGCCAACAUUCUCUAAUUGUAAAGAUGGACUGUCAAAAGUUGCUGCAGUCAGUUCAGAUGAAGCAAAGGAUGGAGGAAGACAAUCUCUAGCAUUCACUCCGGUCAAAUGCCGCAAGUCAUGGAUGCUGGUCACGCCAAACCAAAUUCAGGGUACAGAAAGCAGUGAUGUUUGCAUGACUCCAGUGAGUGUUGUAUUGGAGAGAACAGACUAUGAAGUGUUGUCUACUGCUGAACUGCAAGCCUCAAAUGAGGACCAUGCGAGCCCAUUCCAACAGUUAUCUUCUCCUGAUGAGGCAAAUAACUUAGAUCGUGGGGACCCUUACUCUGGUGGAUGCAUCAUAUCAAAUCCGAGAAGCAUAGAAGAUGACUCCUCCGAAAAAGGGAGAGGCAAGAGAAAAAGAAAGCCUAGAUCUUUCUUCAGUGAUGACCUAUACUCACCAUCGAGAUCUCCGAGAAAGGUCCGUCGGUAUAGGAUAAUGCGAUACCUCGGCCUUAUGGCUCCCGUAGGCUCUCCUUAUUCAGUCAAUAAUUAGCAUUGCCUCUGGAAUUAUGGGGGGGUUUUGGUAUUUAAUUUCCUCGUUUAGCACAAUCUUACCUUGUUCAUGUACAGCAACAGAUCACACAGUUAGAGAUUUGCUGCAUUUUCUAAUAAUUGUCCCGUUGUUUAGGAGAUAUAUUUCGUGAGGAUACGAACUACAUGGUCUGUGCUCUAUUUUGGCCAUAACAUGAUUACUCCUUUCCCUGCACAUGUUUGUGCUUGGACAGGCUUUCUGCUCUCUUCAGCCACAAGUUGUGGCCAUCAA